AUGAUCUCCACGUUUAGGACAGCAGCACUUUGUUGCUGCAGAAGAGCAGGACAAGGAUAUAAACCAAACAGCCUGCGCAAUAUACAGCUGCGGCCUUUCAGAAGAAAUCAGGGAACAAUUGCAGCAGAGGUUGGAUCUACUUCUGCCACUGUCACUGCUGUUCCCAAUGCAGCCACAAACAGAAUAGUGGGGCGCUGGCUUGUGGGCUGUAGUGGCCUCGUUAUUGGAGCUGUAGUUCUGGGUGGAGUUACAAGACUUACAGAAUCAGGGCUCUCCAUGGUGGACUGGCAUCUGGUGAGGGAAAUGAAGCCACCACAGACACAAGAAGAAUGGGAAGCAGAAUUUUCCAAGUACCAACAGUUUCCUGAAUUUAAAAUACUAAAUCACGAUAUGACACUGCCAGAGUUUAAGUUUAUCUUUUACAUGGAGUGGGGUCAUCGCAUGUGGGGCAGACUUGUCGGGCUUUCGUUCAUCCUCCCUGCUUUAUAUUUUUGGAGAAAAGGAUACUUUACUCGUUCAUUGAAAGGAAAGGUCAUCGGCCUUUGUGGAUUUGUUUUCUUUCAGGGUCUGCUGGGAUGGUACAUGGUUAAGAGCGGUCUGGAGGAGAAGCCAGAGUCACACGACAUCCCAAGAGUCAGUCAGUACCGUCUGUCCGCUCACCUCGGCUCUGCCCUGCUGCUCUACUGCGCCUCUCUCUGGACUGGGCUGACACUGCUGCAGUCGCCACAAAAGAUUGUUGAGACAAAAAAUUUAAUGCUGCUCAGGAGAUUUGCCAAGGGAACUGGUGUACUGGUCUUUAUCACAGCUCUGUCAGGGGCUUUUGUUGCCGGGCUGGAUGCUGGAUUGGUUUAUAACUCUUUCCCCAAGAUGGGAGAGAGAUGGAUCCCUGAUGAUUUGCUAGCUUUCUCUCCAACUCUUAAGAAUUUCUUUGAGAAUCCGACGACUGUUCAAUUUGACCACAGGAUUUUGGCAAUCUCCACUCUGGCAGCUAUAACAGGUCUCUACAUGUUUUCAAGAAAAGUUAUUCUUCCAAAAAGGGCUAAAGUAGCCAUCAGCCUUCUUACAGCGAUGGCUUAUGGACAGGUUGCCCUGGGCAUCACCACUUUAUUAUUGUACGUUCCAACUCCAAUCGCAGCAACUCACCAGUCUGGAUCUCUGGCUCUGCUGUCUCUGGCUGUCUGGGUGUUAGCCGAACUCCGCAAAGUCCCCAAGUAG